GCUCGAUCGUACGCGACUGAGCAUCGCGAAUAAAGUUCUGGUAGCACAGGACUAGUGGUGAAAAUCGAUAGAUCGAACGGUGCAAAGAAUCUCCCCAGAAGUUCCUGCGGUCUUUUUGUCCCCACUGUCUUUUAAACGCUCGCCGUGAUGGAGCUUCUCUCCGUGCCGCUAAAGAAACCGUCGGAGGUGGACAUUGCGAAGCCGCUGAAAACGCUUAUCCAAAGCAACUAUCGGAAUUUGGAAGCGGACAAACUGAACGCCAUCAAUGAGGCGGUGUCGGAGCUGAACCAGCUGCGGAAUUCGGCCAUCUGGAAGGUGUUCGAGCGGCAGGAGGCCGGACUCGAGGUGAACUAUCGUUAUUACGAUCAGUUGUGCGCACUCGAGUCGAAAAUACCGGUGCAGGAGCUGCAGGUGCCAUUCAAAUGGAAAGACGCGUUCGACAAGGGCACGAUCUUCGGUGGACGCAUUAGUCUGACACUAACUUCGAUCGCGUACGAGCGUACUUGCGUACUGUUUAACAUUGCCGCGCUGCAAAGCUGUGUGGCCAGUGGACAGGGUAGCGACAACGAUGAAGGGCUGAAAAUGGCAGCGAAGCUGUUCCAGCAAAGUGCGGGCAUUUUUUCGUUCCUCAAAACCCUCGCAUCGGCAACCAUUCAGGGUGAACCCACACCGGACCUGUCGCAGGACAGUCUGACCGCACUCGGCAAUCUGAUGCUGGCACAGGCGCAGGAAAUUUUCGUCAUCAAAGCCAUCAAAGACAACAUGAAGGAGCUGGUGGUGGCGAAACUGUGCGCACAGUGCGAGGAACUGUUCUCGGAAACGCUCCGUUCGAUGCAACGCGACAGUGUCCGGACGCUGUGGGAGAAGGACUGGAUUCCGCAUGUUGCCGGAAGACAGGCCGCCAUGCACGCGCUGACCAUGCUCUACCACAGCAUGGUCUCGAAGGCAAACAAAGCGUUCGGAGAGGAGAUUAGUCGGUUGCAGAAAUCGGUGGAACUGUUCCGAACGGCACAGUCGCGAGCCUCGAAGCCGACGCUCUUCCAAGACUAUGCCACGCGGGCCCAAAAAGCUCUGGCCGACGCGAAGAAAGAUAACGAUUUUAUCUACAACGAAAUAAUUCCCGACAUUAGCAACCUACCGGGACCGGGUAAGGCACCGCUCGCCAAGGUGCUGCCGAUGCCGGCGCAUCUGAGUAGCGACGGAUUUACCGAUAUCUUCGGUGCCCUUGUUCCGGUCGCGGUGAACCAAGCGUUGGCCGCCUGCGAUGGUCGCAAAUCGGAGAUGGUGAACGGAGAGAUUAUGCGGCUACGCGAGGCCACUACUGCCAUGAACGGGCUGUUGUCCAGCUUGAAUCUUCCGGCAAUCAUCGAAGUGACCGCUUCCGGUGCGAGUUUGCCACCGUCGUUGCAGGAAAAGGCGGCGGCGGUACGCGAAAAGGGUGGUAUCGAGCACCUGAAGGGAGUAAUCGAUCGUUUGCCGGAGCUGUUUACGCGCAAUAAGGAAAUUCUCGACGAGGCCUUCCGCAUUCUGGAUGAAGAGCGCGAUUCGGACAACCAACUGAGGGCGCAGUUCAAGGAUCGUUGGACGCGCACCCCUUCCGAGAAGCUGACCGCAACUUUUCGGGCCAACGGAGAUAAGUAUCGCACCAUCAUCAAUAAUGCCACGGCUGCGGACAAGGUGAUACGUGAGAAGUUUGCCACUCACAGACAUGGUCUCGAGUUGCUCUCGAUGGCGGUCGAUCAGUUGGCGAAAGAAAUACCGUCACCGACCGGAGGCAAUGCGGCCCAAGCGUCCAACUCAUCGGCCGCCCAAAAGCUCCGCAUCCUCAUGGAGGCGGUCGAGACGCUUAAAGCCGAACGGGAGGUUAUCGAGUCGGAGCUGAAAACGUUGACGAUCGAUCUGAAGGAUCGUUUUCUGGGUGCGCUUGCGAAGGAGGGUGUCAUCAACGAGCCGGCGAUCUCGCUGUCCGAAAUUGGUAAAGUGAUCGGACCGCUACAGGAGCAGGUCGGAGAAAAUCUGGCGCGCCAGCAAACCCUGGCCAGCGACAUUCAGUUGGCGCAUGAAAAGUUCACCGCCGAAUCAGGCGUUUCGACGGAUCAACGCGAUCGUACACUGUCGGAACUGGCUGCCGCCUAUGACGUUUUCACCGAGCUGCACGGCUAUCUACAGGAAGGGGAGACCUUCUACAAUGGGCUAACCGAGAUAUUGCUCGUGUUUCAAAGCAAAAUCAGCGAUUUCUGUUUCGCACGCAAAACGGAGAAGGAAGAACUGAUGAAGGAUUUGACCCACGAAUCGAGCCGUCAGGCACCGGUUGCCGUUACCCCCGUUAUUCCAACGCACCACACAUCCACUUCUGCGAGCGCCGAACCGGCUGCUUCGACUGCCAGUGCCCCUAUGGGGGCAGCAGCACCGCCCGCAGCAGCGGCCGCUCCGUAUCCGCAACAAAUCGCAGCCAUGCCGAUGCCAAACGUCUACGGAGGCACAAUGGGCCCCGGAUUCACCGGUUACGUCCCACCACCGAUGCCGCAGGGUUUUAACCCCUACGGAACGCUUCCCUACCCGAACAGCUACACUGGAUUUCCUCCGGGUGGAAUGAUGCCACCGGCGUACUAUGGUACCUACCCGGGAGCGUACGGCGGUGCUGCCCAACAUCAACAACCGGGCGCACCGAACCCUAACAAUCCCGGUAUGGGAUGGUAAUCGGAUGGGGCGGUUUCGUUGCUGCUGAUGUUCUAAAUGACCAGCGUACUGUGUAAAAUGGCAUACCACAAACCGAACGCAACCGAAAAUGCACUGCGGUUCCUUCCUGUUCACGAAUCCGUUGAAACUACACAAAAAGUAAUGUAUGCUUUCAGUUGCAGGACGCUAUGUUGGGUAUAUAUCUGAAGUGUAUUAUGAAGUUUUUUCGUAUUUUUUCCUUCUCGUGACUGUUUCUUGUU